CUCUUAUCCGCGCUUUAUUCCACUAUUCUCGUUAUUCUCCACUGAGACGCCUCUAUGCUUUCCUACCGUCUCUCUCUCUUGGUGGAUUGGCUCAAGCUGUUUUGAUCUCGAUCACCCUCAGGCCUCAGCCCUUCUUAAGAGCUACAGUUUCUUUAAGGGACCACCGGACCGAAUUAUUAAAAUACGGAUGCUUGUCACAUCAUAGCGGGCAAGAUUGAACGGUCCUGAUAUCUUGAUCAGGUCAAAAGCGCCACUCAAUAAAAAAAACCAGGUAGAAAGUCGGUCAUAAAGGACAAAGCUCAUUCCGGCGAGGGCAGGUCGCGGGAGAAGCGAUCAGAUCCCACGGCUGACGGGCGCUGCUGGCAUUCGUGUGUAGCCGCAGGGAGGAGCGAUGAUCAUAACGGAGCGACGGUCGACACUGGUCGGUCCGGCGGAGCCGACGCCACGGCGGCGGCUGUGGAACUCGAGCCUCGACCUGGUCGUGCCGCGUUUCCACACGCCGAGCGUCUACUUCUACCGGCCGGACGGUUCGCCGGACUUCUUCGAUGCGGAGAGGCUCCGGGCGGCGCUGGCCAAGGCGCUGGUGCCCUUCUACCCGAUGGCCGGGCGGCUCGGGCGGGACGAGGACGGCCGGAUCGAAAUCGACUGCAACGGCGAGGGGGUGCUCUUUGUGGAAGCCGUGGCCGACGGCAUGGUCGAUGAUUUCGGGGACUUCGCGCCGACGAUGGAGCUAAAGCGACUCAUCCCCAAAGUGGAGUACACUGACGACAUCUCCGCCUUUCCUCUUCUCGUUCUGCAGGUGACCUACUUCAAGUGCGGCGGCGUGUCGCUGGGCGUGGGGAUGCAGCACCACGCCGCCGACGGAACCUCCGGCCUCCACUUCAUCAACUCCUGGUCCGACGUCGCCAGCGGCCUUGGCAUCUCCGCCCCCCCCUUCAUCGACCGGACCCUCCUCCGCGCACGCGACCCCCCAACCCCUUCCUUCCCACACGUCGAGUACCAGCCCCCGCCCUCCAUGAAGGCAGCGGCAACCUCACCGCCCUCCCUCAGUGCGGUGAAAUCCGGCGAUCCUGUCACCGCCGUCAACCUCUUCAAGUUCACCCGCGCCCAGCUCGACCUCCUCAAGGCCAAAACCCCCAAAGGAUCCAGCUACAGCACGUACGCCCUCUUCUCCGCGCACGUCUGGCGGUGCGCGAGCCUGGCGCGCGAGCUCCCCCCGGACCAGCUCACCAAGCUAUACAUCGCGACCGACGGCCGCCAGCGUCUCCGGCCGCCGCUCCCGGCGGGAUAUUUCGGGAACGUGAUCUUCACGGCGACGCCGGUGGCGGCGGCGGCGGAGGUGGUCAGCUUCGAGGGGGCGGCGGGAAGGAUCCAGGCGUCGCUCGCCAGGAUGGACGACCAGUACCUGAGGUCGGCGGUGGACUACUUGGAGAUCCAGCCGGAUCUGAGGGCUUUGGUCAGGGGGGCCCACACGUUCCGGUGCCCGAAUAUUGGGCUGACGAGCUGGGUCCGGCUGCCGAUCCACGACGCCGACUUCGGGUGGGGCCGGCCGGUGUUCAUGGGGCCUGGUGGGAUCGCGUACGAGGGGCUGGCCUUCGUGCUCCCCAGCCCCGACGGCGACGGCAGCCUCUCGCUGGCCAUCUCGCUGCAAGCCGAGCACAUGCUCCGGUUCCAGAAGCUCAUCUACGAUAUCUGAUGCCGGCUUAGAGUGCUUUCGGUUUCCCUAGUGGAUUAGUUAAUUUCCGCUUUCCUUUCCCCUGUUUUUGGUUUUACAGUAUUAAAAAAAAACCGAUACUCCAAAUGUCAUGCAUUGCUGCCAAAAAUAACAAAAUACUCCAAAUUUUCCAUGUAUUUGGAUCAAGCUCCUUAAAUAGCAUGGCAAUAAGGAUGUUUUCCUUUA